AUGUGUUCUUUCUUUUGCGAUGGAGGCAGAAGUAGUUUGUCUCUCUGCAGCUUUCCUUCCAGCAGUUCACCUUCAGGACUACAAGGACUUCCAGGACCCAUGCCCCAUCAGCUCCUGUAACCCCCAGCUGGGUGACCUGUUGGUGGGUCGUGCUGCUCAGCUCUCAGCGUCAUCCACUUGUGGUCUGGAUGGACCACAAAAUUACUGCAUCAUCGGAUAUCUGGAGCGUAUUGAGAAUGUCAUCACAAAUUUUGACCUCGAGAGAAAGCUGAAGUGGUGGCAGUCGGAGACUGGAGUUCAUAAUGUCAGCAUCCAGUUAAAUCUGGAGACUAUGUUCCAGUUCAGUCACCUGGUCCUCAGGUUCAAGAGUCUUCGGCCAGCAGCCAUGUUGGUGGAACGAUCAAGGGAUUUUGGGCGAAGUUGGACAGUUGUCCGUUACUUUGCAGAAGACUGUUCUCUUCAUUUCCCUUCAGUGUCGACUGCACCCGCCAGGAGCAUCGAUGACGUUGUCUGUGACAGCAGAUACUCUGGAUCAGAACCAUCCUUAGGUGGAGAGGUGGUGCUGACAGCUCUUGAUCCUGUCUUUAAAACAGAAAACCCUCAUGCACCGAACAUCCACGAUCUGACCACCGUGACAAACAUUCGGGUGAACUUCACACGUCUUUUCACACUUGGUGACACACUGCUGAGUCGAAAACGCAGGAACCCUCAGGACAAAUAUUACUAUUCUGUUUACAACAUGGUGGUUCAAGGAAGCUGUUUCUGUAACGGACACGCCAGCCAGUGUGUGCCCAUGGCUGGAGUCCACGGGGACGUUUUCAACCAGCCUGGCAUGGUUCACAGACAAUGUGUUUGUAAGCACAAUACAGCUGGAGAAAACUGUGAGAGAUGUCAGGAUUUUCACAACGACUCCCCUUGGAAGCCUGGAGGAGAGGGUGCAGCAGACAUCUGCCGAGGUAACUCAAAUUGACAUAAAUGUAUCACUUUUUAAUGUUGUAUUUUUUAAAAAAAGAGAUUGUUGGAAACAUUAUCAAAAAUAUUUUUAGGUUUUUGGCUAAUACACAAAUGUCAUUUUGAUUCAGUUGUCAAACUGAUGUUUGGAAAUGUUUGCAUAUUUGCAAAGCCUGAACAUAUAAAAAAAUAAGAAAUCAACAGUUUUCCCUUUCAAAGAACAUUUGCUGAGGCAGCAAAAGGUCAACUUCCUUCUGUAGAAGCUAUGUCUGUAUUAAGGAUUCAUUUUAGAUAUCAGACUACCUCACAUGAUAUCAAAUUACAACUAUAGUAAGUAGUAAGUAGAAUUGCUUACAUUUGUGGAUAGCAUAUGAUUAUUAGGGAUUAUCAAUCAUUCUUAAACACAUUUCUUUGAUAUGAAAUGAAAUUUUGCUGUCUGGUUAAAAGUCAAAAGUAUAUGUCCACUUUAAUGACUGAAAUAUUAUUUUGUUCUGAUCUAUUUUAGAUCCAGACAAAAGUUAAAUUAAAAUAGAUGAAAGACACAAAACUAGAAGCUCAGGUAAUGCAUUUGAUGG